AGCUGAUGCCAGCGGUGACAGACCUGGAGUACGAUGCCUUCGUUAUGGGCCAGCCUCCACACAGUCAACAGAUCCUGGUGGUGUGCGUUACUCCUCCGCACCAAGCCGUCAACGCACAUGCUGUGCCCGGGCAAGACGUGCUGGAGCAGUUUUACAGGAGGAGGAACAAACACAGAACCAUGCCAUGUACUCAGUGCCAGAUGGACUCAUUUCGCCUGGUGAGGUAUGAGAUGUCAACAGGGGAACCCAGCUGUGGAGGGGAGAACAUCCUGCUGCAGCAACGGCACAACACAGCCCCUGGCAUGGUCCUGAUGUACGUCAGAGGGAAGCUGCUGUUUGUGGGCUACGUAUUCAGUGGUCACAGCUGCUCAGUCAGGGACCUUCAAAAGCAAAUCUCCAGAACCAGGGGAGACUACAGAUUAGGUCUGAGCCUCCCUCCAGACUACAAGUUCAGUGAUACAGGUAAAACCCCUGCAGCCACAGAUGCACACAGCUCACAAAAUGCAACACUAAAAAGAGGAGAUGACACAACACCGACUGCUUCAGUGGAAACGGAAAAGGCCAAGCAGAGAAAAAACAAUCAAGUUCCUGAUGGUUCAUGCCAACGACAGACGGACUUUUGUAUCAAACCGAAGAAGACUGCAGCACUCCCUCGUGUUCCUGUUAUCACACACUGAAUACGCUCCAGUGACGAGAUUAUAUCUGCAUCGGUCUACUUAUGUUAUUAAAAAAAAAAAAAAGUCUUCACACUACACCAGUUGUGGGCUCAAACUUGAGGCUGAUGUGCGGUCAGAGUGCAAACACCUCGUGUUUACUGUGUGGGUGGCACUGCUGAUAAGCCUUAUCAGUAGCUGAGGUGCAAAAUGUUUUUUGACUUAUGACCAUGAAGAGACUGUGUGACAAUGUUUCAGUGGGCCUUUAUAUAAAUAUUAAUGAAAAC